CGAGUUUGAAGCUUUGCGUGGCUUGGUCAUGAUCCAUUCAUGCAUUAUUCUCUCUCACUCUCGCUUUCUCUCUCACACACACCCUAACUUUAUCCUUUCAAGUUUCUCUUCAAUAUUAUCCUACUCAUCUCGACUCAGUAAGACCAGAGGGAGCUAUAGCUUUUGCAAAGCUGCCUUCAACUUUAGGUAUAUGAGACAGGUUCAUUCAUCACAGCCAAGGAAAGGCCUCCUCCAAUUCCAAGUCUCUCUCUCACUCUCUCUGUAGCUGUUAAUUCAUAUCUCUAUUUGUUUGCAGAUCUCUUUUCUCUUUCUCCGCUGUCUCAAGCCUUUUCUAUUAUUCGUUCACCACUAUGACCCUUUUUUAAUGUCUUGCCCAUGUCCGAAUUCCUAACAGGCAUUAGAUAUAUAUCACGCAAAUGCUAAGCUCUUCCAACCCUGCGAAGUUUGCUGUCCUUCCUCCCAUGAACAGUCCUGUGGUGUCUCCUGUGGAUGAGAUCAAUGGAGGCAAGAGGAAAAGAAGGCCUGCAGGGACACCAGAUCCGGACGCGGAGGUGGUGUCGCUGUCGCCGCGGACGCUGCUGGAGGCGGACCGGUACGUGUGCGAGAUCUGCGGGCAGGGGUUCCAGCGGGAGCAGAACCUGCAGAUGCACCGGCGGCGGCACAAGGUGCCGUGGAAGCUGGUGCGGCGGCAGCAGGGAGCGGAUGCGGGGAGGAAUAACAAGCGGGUGUUCGUGUGCCCGGAGGUGAGCUGCCUGCACCACGACCCGCGGCACGCGCUGGGCGACCUCGUCGGCAUCAAGAAACACUUCCGGCGGAAGCACAGCAGCCACCGGCAGUGGGCCUGCGCCCGGUGCGGCAAGGCCUACGCCGUCCACUCCGACUACAAGGCCCACCUCAAGACCUGCGGCACCCGCGGCCACUCCUGCGACUGCGGCCGCGUCUUCUCCAGAGUAGAGAGCUUCAUAGAGCACCAAGAUUCGUGCAACGCCAGCCGAGCAGGAGGACGGCAAACCACUCAAUCCCCACGGCCUCCACUCACCCUCUCCACUACCGACGUCUCCACCACCACCGACGCCAACGCCAACGCCAACGUCAACGUCAACGUUAACGCCGGCUCUACUCCAACUGCAGCAGCAGCACUACCGGCGCCGUCAUUUCUUCCAUUAUUCUUGCCGCCACCGCCGCCGCUGCCAAUUAUUCCAAACGAGCGCCACCAUCAACACCAUAACUACCUCGAGCUCCAAUUGCUGCCCACCACGUCCUACAGUCGCCUCCACAGAACCGCACCUCGCGCUCCCUUCUCUCCUGAUCAGGAAGCGGCGACGCCGACGGAGCUCCAACUGUCGAUCGGGCCGCCAGGAGUAGUUGCCGACGCGGCGCGGGCGCCAGCGAGGGAUGAUAAGGAAGAGGUGGAGAUGGCGGAGAAGGAGUUCGCCGACGCGAAGAGGAUCCGGCAGCAGGCGCGGGCGAAGCUGGAGAACGCCUACGUGCUGAGGGAGCACGCCAAGAAGCGGAUCGCGUCGAUGCUUCUCCAAAUCACUUGCCAUUCUUGCAGGCAGCAGUGGCCGUCCAAGUCGUCGCCGUCGACGAGCUCCGAUCAUAACCCUAAUUGACAUUAACGUGAAGGAUUGAAAUCCAAAGUCCUGUUCCUUUUACAAACCAACUGAGAACGGUCAGUGUUGAUUGCAAUAAUUCUUGGUGUGAUUAUUGUGUAUUUAUCUUUAUUAAUCUGAUGGUGUUUCCAUA